AUGGACAUUAGUCGAAGCAUUUACAGGGCUGGACUAUCUGGAAAUAUACCUUCACCGUCAUCAAGCAGUCAUAUUUCAACAAGAAAAUUACGCGACCUUCAUCUUUCUGAAAAUAGCAGCGCUUUUAGCUUCCGAGGGCAUUCAUCAAAUGCUUAUCCUCAACCUUUCAAGAAUAAGAGCAAUUCAAAUCAAAAAUAUUAUAUGCAUGAUGAUAGCGAUUGGGAUUCAGAGCCAGAACUAGAAGUUGUAUCAGUACAGGAAGCGUCGAGAAUACAAAGGAGGAUGCCUUCUAUUAGAAGAAAAGUUAGUAAAGCAAAAAGUGUCAGCAGUAAUAGUAGUCAUACUAUCACUAUAUCAACAAAGAGGGACUCUCCUUAUUAUUGUGAAGAAAUCGGUCCUCAACUUGAUCUAGGCUAUCAAUGGCCACAGCAGACUAAGGCAGUAAAAGGGUUUGUAAAAGUCACAUCAGAGAAUACCUAUGAUCGAUUGAAACAUGUUGAAAGAAAGAUGUUGGUUAAAAGGCAAAAGAAUAGAAGCCUGAUUCAAUCAUUGACAGUUCAUAUCAAGGAAGCCUAUAGCGAUUUUAACCCAAGCUUCACUUUUGAUGAGAGUAAGAUACCAAAGCGUAUACUGACUAAGCCAAGCAAACCUUGCAGAAACGAAGGAAAUGACAAUGAAAAUUUUGAUUAUAUACUUAAAGUCAAUGAAAUACUUGGUCAUGACCCAAACCAUCAGUAUAGAGUGAUUGAUCUACUAGGUCAAGGUACGUUUGGCCAAGUAGUCAAAUGCGAAAAAAUCUCAACAGGAGAGCUAUUCUCGGUCAAAGUAAUCAAGAAUAAAAGCGCCUAUAAAACACAAAGCUGUAUGGAGAUUGAGAUACUGAAAAAGCUUAAUCAACAAUGGGAUCCCGAGGAUAAGCAUCACAUCCUACGCCUUCAUCAUGUAUUCUCCCACAAACAACACUUGUGUCUGGUAUUUGAAUUGCUUUCAUACAACUUAUACGAUCUCAUCGGCCAUAACCGAUAUAGAGGUUUUCCCCCAGAAAAAGUGCGAGCGUUUGCAGCACAGAUAUUAGAUACAUUAGCGUUACUGAAGGAAGCUAAAAUUAUCCACUGUGACCUUAAACCGGAAAACAUUCUUUUAACGAGCGAAAAAUCGAUGACCAUUAAAGUGGUUGACUUUGGAUCAUCUUGUCACGAAGCAAAUAGAAUUUACACCUAUAUCCAAUCAAGAUUCUAUAGAUCCCCUGAGGUCUUGCUUGGGUUACGCUAUACGUCUGCCAUCGAUAUGUGGUCCUUUGGUUGUAUUGUGGCAGAACUAUUUUUGGGAUUGCCAUUGUUUCCGGGUAGCUCUGAAUAUAAUCAGUUAUUUAGAAUAGUAGAAAUGCUUGGUGUUCCUCCCAAGGAUAUGUUGAGCAAAGGUAGAAAUACGCCAUCAUUCUUCAACAAGAAGAUGACAGGGCCAGAUACAUUUGAGUAUGAAUUAAAGGGACGUGAACAAUACAGCCAAGAGAAUGAUAAGAAUGAGCUACCCAGAAAAAAGUAUUUUCCUCAAACUCUUUUGAAAGAUAUUAUUAUGGAAUUCAACAAUGGAAAACCCGUCUUGACUAAGGACGAACAGGAAAAAAGAAAAGCUUAUGGCUCAUUCUACUCGUCUAGAGAAGAAGAGGAGCAAAAAAAGGAAUAUGAGGCAAGGCUGUGUCUACUCGAUUUCUUAUAUGGAGUGCUAGAGUUGAAUCCGCUCAAACGCUGGACGCCGCAGCAGGCUCUUCAGCACCCUUUCAUCACACAACAACCUUUUACAGGACCCUUUAAACCAGAUGCACAUAUACCAGUUCCUUCAGCAUCAGCAAGUAUUGACGUGGCUACUAAAGCAGGAGACAAGCCUUUAAACAGUGUACGCAAACGAUCUGAAUCAAUGAAUAAGCCCACAGCGCCCGAACAAAUAAAGGUUAUCGCUCAAGAAAUUCAUCAUCCCAUUGCAAAAUACCCCAAAGAAAAAGUCUCCUCGCAGAAUAGCUCCCAAGAAUCGUCUCCUGAAUACAGACUGCGACACGCACGAUCCCAGGGAGACUAUAUUGGUUUGCUUCCUCCGGAUAUGUCAAAGAGCAACGGACUACAGGAUGACAUGCGCCAUGUCAAAAUAUCUUCACAAGUCAAAGUCAGAACAGGCUCUCAUGACUCCCUCAAGACCCCGCCGGGAAACGGUCAGACGGUACGUGGUGUCAUGGACGGUGGUAAACCUAAAUUGGCAAAUGUACGAAAGGCACACGCAGGUGAAGCAGCUGGAGGAUUGCUCAUGAUGCGUCAGAAAGAGAACCCAAAGAAAGACGUAUCGAAAGCACGGUUGACAGAUGCAUUUAGAUUAAAGACAUAUCGAUAA